AUGUCUAUUUUGUUGCGCAAAGCUUUCACGGACGCGAGAGAUCAGGGUCGCAGCGCCCUGGUGACAUUUAUGACGGCGGGGUACCCAAGCGCCGAGGCCACGGUCCCGGUCCUCAAGGGGUUCCAGGACGGGGGCGCGGACGUGAUCGAGCUGGGGCUGCCGUUCUCAGACCCUCUAGCGGACGGCCCGACGAUCCAGACGGCGAACACAGAGGCGCUUGCCGGGGGCGCAACGAUGAAGGGGGUGCUGGCGCUGCUGCGGGAGGCGCGGGCCGGGGGCGUGACGGUGCCGAUCAUCCUGAUGGGCUACUACAACCCGAUUCUGAGCUAUGGGGAGGAGGCGUUCAUCCGGGACGCCGCAGCAGCGGGGGCAAACGGGUUCAUCAUCGUGGACCUGCCGCCGCAAGACGCGAUGAAGCUGCGCGGCUUCGUGCAGCAGCACGGGCUGAGCCUGGUGCCGCUUGUCGUGCCGGCGACGACCGACGAGCGGCUUGCGGUGCUCGCGCAGGUGGCGGACUCGUUCAUCUACGUUGUGUCGCGCAUGGGCACGACGGGCGCGAGCACCUCGGUGCCCGCACACCUGAACGACCUGCUCAAGCGCGUGCGAAAAUACUCGGGCGAGACGCCACUGGCUGUGGGCUUCGGCGUAGCGACACGAGAGCAGUUCUGCACGAUCGGGUCGGCGGCAGACGGCGUGGUCAUCGGCUCGAAGGUGGUGUCCUUGGUCGGCGACGCCCCGGAGGGCGAGCACUACAAUACUGUCAAGACCUACUGUGAGUACAUCCUGGCCGGCGAGAAGCAUACUUUGCUGUCGCCGGAGGAGUUUGCCACUCUGCACAAAAAGUACACCACCGAGCCCGCGAGCAUCAAGGAGAUUGGCGACAUAUUCGGCGAAACGCGCAAGUUCGCGCCGAUGUUUGGUGAUUUCGGGGGACAAUACAUCCCAGAGGCGCUGCAUGCGUGUGUGCAGGAGUUGGAACAUGCAUUUGAGGCCGCCGUGGAAGACCCGACCUUCUGGGAAGAAUUCAGGGGCCUCUACACCUACAUCGGAAGGCCAUCGUCUUUCCACAAGGCGGAUCGCCUGAGCGAGUAUUGCGGGGGAGCGCAGAUUUGGCUUAAGCGUGAGGACCUCAACCAUACGGGUUCGCACAAGAUCAAUAACUCCCUAGCACAAGUGCUUUUGGCCAAGCGUCUAGGCAAGUCCAAGAUCAUUGCAGAGACCGGCGCCGGCCAGCACGGAGUUGCAACUGCUACAGCAUGUGCCAAAUUCGGGUUGGACUGUACCGUGUUCAUGGGCGCAGAGGAUGUGCGCCGCCAAGCACUCAACGUUUUCAGAAUGCGGCUGUUGGGGGCCACGGUUAUUCCAGUUACCAACGGAACUCGGACGCUCCGUGACGCCACCACGGAGGCGUUUAGGUACUGGGUGGGCCAUUUAGAAUCUACGCACUAUGUUGUCGGCUCUGCAAUUGGUCCGCAUCCCUACCCAACCCUGGUCAGAACGUUCCAGAGUGUCAUAGGGAGGGAAACAAAGGAGCAGUUCGCAGCGCUGAAUGACGGUAAGCUCCCGGACGCAGUUGUGGCAUGUGUCGGCGGUGGCUCAAACUCCACCGGUAUGUUCUCUGCGUUCGAGCACGAUACCUCUGUGAAGCUGCUUGGUGUUGAAGCCGGUGGAGACGGUCUCGACACAGAGUACCAUUCUGCCACUUUGACUGCCGGACGGCCUGGUGUCUUCCAUGGUGUCAAAACUUACGUUCUCCAAGACUCUGACGGUCAAAUUCACGACACACAUUCUGUCUCAGCUGGGCUGGACUAUCCUGGUGUUGGCCCCGAGCUAGCUGCCUGGAAAGCUUCCGGACGUGUUGAAUUUAUUGCUGCAACAGACGCUCAGGCUCUCGAGGGCUUUAAGCUCCUGUCGCAACUGGAAGGGGUUAUCCCGGCGCUGGAGUCCUCCCACGCUGUGUACGGCGCUGUCCAGCUCGCAAAGACUAUGCGCCCUGACCAACACAUUGUUAUCAACAUUUCUGGCAGAGGUGACAAAGAUGUCCAAACGGUCGCAGAAGUUCUCCCGAAGCUUGGCCCGCAGAUUGGCUGGGAUCUAAGGUUUGAGCCUGACACUGCGGCUUGA